AUGUUAACGGAUCGUCUUUCUCGCUUUCGUUUUGGAAGCUUGAGAACACUUUCUCCAAGACGUUUCCGAACCUCAUCAACUUCAACUGAGCCAUCAGAAGUACAAUCCGCACCUCCAAUUCCAUUAUGCCAGAUGGAUUAUACGGUUACUGGCUCAGAUACAUUAGAACGGAUAGCAGCUUUUCAUGACUGCACAGUAGGAGAACUUAUGAAACUUAAUAGAAUGAGCUCGCGAAUGGUUUUUCCCGGACAGAAAUUGAUCGUCCCCAUUCCAGUAUCUGAUGAUGUUUUUGAACAGACCAACUCCACAAAAGGAAUUAACAAUAACUCAUCAACACAUGAAGCACCUAAAAAGGGUCCGGGUCACGUUGUUCCUGCUCAAAAACAUGCUCUCGCCAAGUCAGGCAGUGCUCCAGUAGGCAGUACCGAUGAAACAGACGUUGAUUGUCUACAAAGGUUUCUGAAAGUGACAGUAAAACAAGUCACGGAAAUAGAUGGAACUGUGGCCGGAACACUUUUGGUGACUCCCAAUUGCUUGAUGUUUGAUCCUGAUGUCAGUCAUCCUUUGGUGAAAGAGAACGGUCAAAAUCUUUAUGGAAUGGUUGCUAAUAUGGACGAAAUCAUAUCCGUCUCUCUGUAUAAGGAGAUUGCUGCAUUGACAGGAGAUCGAGUAGAGAAAAAGAAAGAUAUUUUCGAUCCGAAUCAUGUUCGAACUCCGGAUGAUUCAAUUCCUUCCACGACAGGGACCAUGAAUGCUCAAAUAGAAUCUAAUUCUUCCUCAGACGUUCCUGAUGAUCCUGUGCAUGAGAAAGUUGUUUUCACAUGUGAUCAUCCGGAUUCUGACGGAUAUGAAAGCGCAGUAGAUGAUGCAAAUGGAGGGUCUUCAAAAACGGGUAGCGAAUCUUUCCUUCCAGCUAUAACAGAGGAAUCUAAAGCUCUCGAUUCGCCUGAAGAAACUGAUAGACGUCGAGCUGUUAGUGAUUUAACAGACUCAGAAGGUAUUGUUGUGCGUGGUCGGAGUAAAAGCCCCUCUUCUUCUUCCGAAGAGCAGAGGCCUCGCUCCUUCUCAGAACUCGAUACUCCAAUUCCUAAUAAUGGCAUUAAUCGCUUUUCGCCGGAUGCUGCUAGGAGAUCUUUCGGCAAGCUUGGCAGAACUUUGAGUGCUCGGGCACGAUCUGUUCAUCAGUCUGUAUCUCAGGGAACGAAGACUGUUGCUCAUGGAGUAGUUACUCAUACGAAGAGUGCUGCAGAUUCUCUACAAUCAGGAAUUGAAACGAGUGUGAAAGCCGUAGGAGAAGCUGCUAAUGCUGCUGCAAAUCAGGCUAAGGCUGCCGCAGAUGCCGUUGCCGGCGUUCCAAGUCGGAUGGUAGAUAUGGGAACUAGUUUAGUAUCAGAUGGAAUUAGUGGUGUUCAGGAGAUGUUCAAUCUAGAAAUUGAGGAGCAGAAGUCGCCGAGCCAACUUAAACGCGAUCAAUCUUUGGCUACCUUAGAAGAAUUACGUGUGAAAACGCAACAAGCCAGAGACGAAUCUGUGAAGACUAAUAAAAGCCUGUUCGCCUGUGCUACAAGUAGUGAAGAAAUGCCCGAUCUGUUCAUGCCGGUUGACGAAAUGAUGAAAAGAACGAGAACUACAAGUGAAGCUGAGUCACCGCAACUUCCAUACUUCAUGGCAGUACGCUUAACUCGCAGCAAGAAGAAGCAACGACGUUCAUCACCCACUGGUAGAAACUCUGUAAGCUCAUACGACGAACAAUUUACUUUUGGAAAUAAAUUGAAGCGAGAAUUCUGGUUCGCUAUUCCCCGCAAUAAAGCAGAUAGUUUAUAUCAUUUCCUGCUCCAGUGGUCUCCUGAAAAAUACGGACAGGAUACAACAGCAACAUCGUUCGAUGAAUCAGCAUUAACGACCAUGAACGAGACAACGUCUGGAGAAGAAAAAGGCUUCCUUAUUUUGGACUCCACAGUCGAUGAGAGCUUGUCAAGUACGUUUAGCUACCUUAUGAACAUGUGCAACCUCGAUAAGAGGAGGUUUAACAACAUCGAUUUCAACAUAAUUAGAUUGUUAUUCACAUAA